AUGGUCAUUACCUUACCACUAAUCUACUACCUGACCCAACUAACUACUUCCCUCAGCUGGUACCCAUCGCUGACAAUUAUUGCCGUCGGGCAGCUUGAAGGUGAGGCUCAGAACAAAAUUGCCAGACAGAGAGGGAAAAGGGGGACUAUGUCUUCCUCAGCCGACGCCGAGGGUUCGGAGGAUGUCAAUGACUUCCUGCUUCGUAUCCGGGAGCUCGGAGAGAAGCGCGACAAGGAAGACGAAGAACGUACCAGGAAACUAGAGGAGGAGAUUUUGCAAGGCCGGAAGGAAAGGCAGGCUCGAAGAGCUGGUAUAUCUGGAUUCCCUUGUUAUUCCCCCCCCAAACCAUACGUGAGCCAUGACUCACAGAAGACUGGGCCUUUCCAAGAUAUCCAGAGUCAGAAGCUGAUUUUGUCCUCUUUGCGAAACCAAUGUAGAGCGGGCACGGUCGAUAUCGCCGACGAAAGACUCUCCAUCUAUACUAGAUAA